AUGGCAUCCAUGAUACCAGCAUCACAACUGCGGAAUACAACGGCACCCAAGAAAUACACAAAAGUCAAUGGCAUCACCAAGCUGAAUCCUGCGUGGAAGCGAUGGAAGGACGCCCAACAAGACGGACAACCGGGCACCACGGCUCUCUAUCCCAAGCAAGCACUUCCCGUCGUGACAAACAUGGAAGAUCACAAAAAGCUAUGCGAAGCCUCCGUGGCAGCCGGUGGCGAAGAAAUUCCACUGGCCGAAGCUACCGUGGCUACCAUGGAAAUCAUGCAAGAACCCGAAAUUGCACUCGAAGCCGGAAUGGCCGCCGAUGAAGUCAUUGAUGAACUGGGAAAAGUACUCAACAAAUACGAAGUUCCCAUGGGCCUAAUGAACAAGCUCAUGGUUCUCACCGAGUAUGAUCUCCUGGAAUUCACAGUGGACGACAGCGGUAGUAUGAACAACACUUCCGACACGGUCGAUGCCCACCGACAUCCACAAACACGAUGGCAAGAAGCGCAAAGUCGCCUCAAGGCCAUGCUUGAGAUUCUGGCAUAUGUCCCCUUUCCUCAAAUACACGUUUGCUUUCUGAACCGAUCCGAUCGUCUGGUGUUACAGCGCAAUGGACGUUCUCCAGAAGCCUUCAUGGCCGAUGCCUACCAACAGAUUGACCAAGCAUUCCGUCGUCCUCCCAGCGGCACUACACCCGUCCUGGAACGCAUGCACGAGUCAUUGGCCCGUGGAGAAGGACGCAACGUAUCCCGCUAUCUCUUUUGCGACGGGCAACCCAACGGAGGCAACCACGCCAAGGCCGAAAUUGUCCGCAUGCUCAUGAACCGACCCAAUCCACAAGGCAAUCCCAUGACCUUUUUGAGUUGCACCGGUGACGACGAUCAAGUCGAAUGGAUGAAGGAUGCAGAAGAAAUCAUUUCCUACUGCGCCGAAUGCGAUGACUUUAACGAUGAAGCCGAUGAAGUGCACCGUGAUCAGGGUACGGCGCUGCCGUUUACAGUGGGAUUCUAUCUCAUUUGCUCGUUGGUAGCCGCCAUGAAUCCCGAUGAUUUGGAUGCCAUGGACGAAUCCGUACCCUUUACCAAGUCCACCCUGGAUAACUUGUUGGGCAUUGAACACGACGAACGAACGUACCGACACUACUUUGACUGCUUUCUGGCAGCCCAACGCAAGCGCACGGUCGAUCGUGACGACUGGGGCCGCCCCAAGAGAACCGAUCAACUCAAAAAGAGUUUCAAUUGGAAACCAUUGUAUCAGGAUUUCCUCCAAGCGCCACUCGCCAACCAAAUACCGGCCGUGCAGAAUUUCAAAAUGCAGCUGGCGCAGUAA